AUGGAAGAUUCCAAAUAUUUCCUUAGAAAGCACAUUUCUAGGCUCGGAGAGCGUAGGAAUAUCUCCUUGAGGAAUAUCAAAUAUUCCAAACUCGUAGAGAAAAACAACAAAAAGGGGGAAAGUGAUAUUUAUGGGUGCUUAGAAGUAGAAGGUUUCUCUUCAGAAUUGGCAGAGUAUCCUGAGCACAUAAAUACGAGGUUAGUAAAUUUUCAUUUAAAUAAAUCACUUUCUUGUAGCUUCGAUCUCUUGUGUGAGGUUUCUAAGUUUUUUGGGGAUAAAGAUCAUUUGGGAUCACGCAGUAGGACCCUCUUGCCAGAUGGUUCGGAAAAGUUGGGUAGCUAUGUCUUCACAUCGUACAACCACUCGGUAAAUACAGUGAAAGUUAUCGGUACAGCCUUGACUUUUGAGUGUUUGCCUGAGAAAUCGACCUUUGAUUGCCCUAUAUUGAAGGAAGCAUACAUUUUGGGAAUAUGGGCAGUUAAUUGCCCAUAUUGGUUGCUAACUGAUUACGCAUCUAUUGCUUAUGGCAUUAUCACAGUUCCAAUGUAUGAAACUCUUGGGGAUGAGGCUCUAUUGAACAUUAUGUCUACGACUCAGAUGAAGAUAAUGUGUAUAGAUUCCAAGAAAUUGCCUAUACUAAAACGUCUGUCUAGCAAGAUAAAGUAUUUGGAAACCAUAAUCAUAUUCGAUACGGUCGCAGACGGUGAUAUGGAGAUCAUAAAGGAGUUAGGAUUGAAGUACUUGCUCAUGGAUGAUUUGGUAGAGAAAUACAAGGAUAGAGUCAAAGAACCACUUAAAUCCAAACGUACUGAUAUCUGUACAAUAAUAUAUACAUCUGGUACAUCAGGCGCACCAAAAGGCUCUGUUUAUACCAAUGAAGGCAUACUUUCCUUGGGUACAAGGCUAUCGAAUGUCGAGAAUAGAAUUAGAAUGCAACAAUAUGCAACAGUUCUCAGCUACCUCCCACUCACACAUGUAUAUCAGCGUUUCGUAGAACACUUUUGCUGUACAUAUGCAGUGCGUAUAGGGUAUUAUUCUGGGAAUAUAAGGGCGAUACUGGAUGAUCUGAAUGAACUCCGUCCAACGAUUUUUAUUGGUGUUCCCAGGGUUUUCACGAAGAUAUUACACAAGAUUCGCACUGGAAUUGAGGCAAAACCCCGUCUUGUUCGUUAUAUUAUGAAGAGAGCUCUUGAGAGAAAGCGUGAGACUUUCAAAACAUCCCCAGAAGAUCCAACUCAUUGGCUUUACGACAUAUUUAUGAAAAAGGUCAAGAGUCAAUUUGGUGGUGCAAUAGAAUCCUUUGUAUUAGGUUCUGCGGCAAUGACUGAAUCUGAUAUAACAGAUUUCCAAGCGUUUCUAACAGCGCCAGUUUCAGAGGGUUGGGGAACCACGGAGGUUGGAGUUGCAUUUUUGCAGGAUUAUCGCGAUACUACAAAGGGUACAAUUGGAGGACCUUUGCAUGGAGUUCAGUUCAAGCUUCGUUCCAUUGAGGCACUUGAAUAUGAUGCAAGAGGUACACCCCCUAGAGGGGAGCUCCUUGUAAAAUCUCCGGGAAUUAUGCUUGGUUACCUUGCCAAUCCCUCACUCACAUCUGAAGUCCUCGAUUCUGAUGGAUGGUAUCACACCGGUGAUGUUGUUGAACUUUUGGAUAAUAUGGGUGUAAAGAUAUUGGAUAGGGCCAGGAAUAUUUUUAAAAUUAGUCAGGGCGAAUAUAUUGCACCAGAUAAGCUUGAGAAUGCGUAUGUGAACGCCAAACUAGUUGAACAAGUUUAUGUUCAUGGGGAAUCUACAGAAUGUCACAUAGUUGGCAUAGUAGUUGUAGCUUCGGAAGAGGUACAGAAAUGGGCAAGCCAGAAAGGCUUAAACAAGCCCGUUUCUGACUUACUGCAUGAUACGGAGCUGAUAAAUGCAGUUCGCAAGCAAUUCGAUGAAAUUGCAAACGCACAAAACUUCAACUCUCUUGAAAGACUGAAGAUAUUCAAAUUAGUAGAUCAGUUAUUUAGUACUGAGAAUGGUCUAUUGACGCCAACAUUCAAAUCUGUGCGAUUCAAGAUUAAAGCUUACUACGAAUCCGAAAUAAAGGAAAUGUAUAAUUCAACUAGAGAACAGUUACAAGAAUCUUGA